UUUAAGUAUACUUACUAUGAGUUUUGAACUUGAUACUUUAAGUUAUGCAUUAAUAACUUCUAUUGUUGGAGCAGCAACACUCUUGUCUGUUCGCAACUCUAAGUCGCCAGAUAUUCACCCUUUACUGUUGAAUACUCAAUCUGAUGUUUCGCGUCUUCGUCAUCCAGAAGAAAGUGCUAUUUAUCGCUCUCGAAUGUAUCCUAUGGGUACACCUUUAUGCUCUACUUUUGAUCGGGCUAUUCGUACUCUUGCUGAUUUUUAUAAGGCUGGUGCUCUCGAAAAGAAUAUUUCUUGUGCAUUCUUACAAGAAAAUUCAGAAUAUUCAACUUAUGGUGAUAUUAGCAAAAGAGUUCCUCAUGUAUAUCAAGGUCUUCGCACUGUUGGUAGUUUGGAGCCUAAAAGUGGAAAAGAGCAUUCAUUUGUAGGCAUUUAUGCCAAGCACUCUCUAUAUACUGUUCUUACAGAAAUUGCCUGUCAUAGUCAUGGUCUUGUUACUAUCCCUAUUUCUUCUUCAGCAACCUCUUCUCAUGUGUCACACAUUAUUGAGAAGACCUCACUCAAAUUGUUGGUUGUUGAUUUAGACUGUGUUGAUCGUGUCUUGACUCUUAUCAAAGGCUCUUCCUUAAAGCAGCUUGUUGUAUUGGGUGAUGUAUCGAUUGAGAAGAAGAAACAAGCUCAAGAAGCUGGUGUUGAAAUUCUUUCUUUUAAAGAAGUUGAAGACAGAGGAAAAUCUGUCAAGCUUGAACCAGUUACUGUUGUCGCCACGGAUAUCGCUAGUAUUUACUUUAGCUCGGCGAAUGGACAAGAGUCAAAGCAUGGUGCUGUUUUAACUCAUAAGAAUUUAUUGUCGGUUAUUUCUUCCUAUCUUUUGGUUGUGCCUCCUCAACAAAAAAUUACACCAAAUGAUCGUUUGUAUCUGAACUUGUCAAUUGAUAAUGUAUUUGGUCAUGUAUUGUUUGCUGCAGUCAGUUUAUUAGGAGGCUCCAUUGCUUUUGAACAAAUUUCUCAUGAUGAUACAGCAACUGCCCUUUCAUCCAUUGCAAAAGCAAAGCCUACUAUUUUAGCAAGUGAUUCAGCCUUUUUAUGUCAAGCCAAACAUUUGAUCAGUUCUCGUUAUGGAAAGUCAUUUUUGUUUAGACGUGGUUAUGAUAUCAAGAAAAAAUAUCUCGAAGAAAGUCGUUUAGUAACUGAUUGUAAAUACGACAUGCUGGUAUUUAGAGAUAUUCGUCAAACCCUGUUUGGUGGAAACUUGAGAUUGAUUUAUAUUGACAAUGAUAACAAUGAUGAUGCAGAAUUAGCUACCUUUUUGAGAAUUGCUUUGAGCACUCAAGUACUCCAAACAUUCAACUUGACAGAGACCUCUUCAUCUAUCGCUGUUUCUAUGUUCUACGACUAUAAUACAGAUCCUCAAGCCAAGGGUGCACCACUGCCCUCGAAUGAGAUUAAGCUCAUAGAUGUCCCUGAAUUUUCCCUGUCAGCUGAAGAUAAACCUAAUCCUCGAGGUGAAAUUUGGGUGCGCGGAAACAAUGUGUUCUCAGGCUACUAUAAUGACGAAACUGCUACUAGUGAGGUACUCGAUGCUGAUGGCUGGUUUAUGACAGGAUAUUUUGGUGAAUUCUUGCCUAAUGGUACCUUGAAGGUCAAUGGCAAAAAACAAUAAAAAGAGAAUAUUUUAUUUCAACUAUAGA